AUGUCUUCGCCAAUUAUCGGUAUCACGUUUGGUAAUACUACCUCUUCUAUUGCUUACGUCAAUCCAAAGGACGAUGUAGAUGUCAUUGCCAACCCUGAUGGUGAACGUUCGAUUCCAUCCGUCUUGUCCUACGUUGGUUCUGAUGAGUAUCACGGUGGUCAAGCUUUGCAACAGCUAAUUAGAAAUCCAAAGAAUACCAUUAUUAAUUUCCGCGAUUUUAUUGGCCUGCCAUUUGAUCAGGCCGACAUCUCCAAGUGUGCCGGUGGUGCGCCAGCAGUGGAAGUCGACGGUAAAGUCGGGUUUGUUAUCUCCAGAGGUGACAAAGAUGAGACUAUCUCUGUUGACGAGGUGGUUGCUAGACAUCUACGAAGAUUGAAAUUGGCAGCAGAAGACUAUAUCGGUUCCAAGGUCUCCGAAGUUGUUCUGACCGUGCCAACCAGUUUCACUGCUGAGCAGAAAGACGCUUUGAAAGCUGCUGCUUCCAAGGCAGGGUUGAAAAUCAUCCAAUUCAUCAACGAGCCAUCAGCUGCUUUGCUAGCUCACAUCGAGCAAUUUCCAUUUGACAACGAUGUCAACGUUGUGGUUGCCGAUUUCGGUGGUACGAGAUCUGACGCUGCUGUUAUUGCGGUUCGCAAUGGUAUCUUCACGAUCUUGGCUACCAAGCACGACACGAAUUUGGGCGGUGACAACUUGGACAACGAGCUGAUCGAAUAUUUUGCGAAGGAUUUCGAAAAGAAGACAAAGUGCAAUCCAAGAAAAAAUGCCAAAUCUAUGGCUAAGUUGAGAGCUAGUGCCAGUGUCACUAAGAAGACUUUGUCCAAUGCAACUUCCUCAACCAUCUCAGUCGACUCCUUAGCCGACGGUUUUGAUUAUCACACUUCCAUCAACAGAAUGAGGUACGAAUUAGUCACAAACAAGGUCUUUUCACAAUUUUCCGCCUUCAUCGAUGAUGUUAUCGCCAAGGCGGAACUGGAUCCGCUGGACAUUUCUGCUGUCCUGCUAAGUGGUGGUGUCGCCUUCACUCCAAAAUUGACCACCAAUCUAGAGUUUAUGUUCCCUGAAUCCGUUCAGAUCUUGGGACCUGCCUCUAAACAGGCUACCAACCAGCCUAACGAGCUUUCCGCCUCAGGCGCGGCUCUACAGGCCAGACUGGCUAGCGAGUACGAUGCCAGUGAGUUGGCUGACGCUCUGCAACCAGUUGUUGUCAACACUCCACACUUGCCAAAGGCCAUUGGUCUGGUCGGAUCCCAGGGCGAAUUUUACCCAGUUCUCUUGCCAGAAACAUCCUACCCAGUGCAAAAGAAAGUAACUUUGAAGCAAGCCCAAGGUGAUCUUUUGAUUAGCGUCUACGAGGGUGAACACCACGUCGUUGAGAGAACUGUAGAGCCAACUGAGAAAGAUCAAAAACCAGAGGAAGAUGACGAUAAUGAGGAAUGGUCAGAUAGCGAAGAUGAUGAGCCAGAGCUUAUCAGAGAAAAGCUGUACACAUUGAGCACUAAAUUGAUGGAUUUGGGUCUCAAAGGUGUCACCAAGGGUGUCGAGAUCGUCUUCAACAUUAACAAGGACGGUGUCUUGAGAGUUAGCGCCAGAGAUUUGCAAUCUGGUCAAGUCGUCAAGGGUGAACUGUAA